CGUUAUGGGGGGGCCUGGGAUUGAGAGCCAAGAAUCCGGGCGCUGCGUGGAUACGUGUGGCAGGCAGUGUGAAUUCUAUGCUCUCAUACGCGCUGGGAGAGCCUCCACCGAAUUAUAACGGCACAUGCGCAGGAAGCAUGAAUAAUGUGCGAUAAGAAAUUUUAAUUGGAACUAUUAACAAUCUUAAAUGAUUCUUCUGAGUUUCUAUGAGUUUGACCGGAAAAUGGCCGCCUGCUGGAUUAACGGUUGUUUGUGGCGUCAAUGGAAUUAGUCUGGCCGUGCAACAAUUUAAAUCAUUCUACAAGGAGAACUGAUCAAUAUAUUGCUAGAACAGUCAGGAGAAUGCAGCAAUUCGCCAAACAGUCACCCAGUGAUCGCUGCUGAAUGGAGGCUCUUAUCGCGCCAUAUUUUCUAACGGGACUUUCAAAGAAGUCUCAAAUGGGGCUCCCGUGGACAAUGCAUGGAUAAUGGAAUAAUAUUACUUCUGAUCCACUAUGAUUGUUUUUCACUGGGAUCAUUUCUUUAUUUUGCUUUUCUGAGUUUAAUUUAAAAAGUGGCGCUUUUAAGGACAACGAUUAAUAUCGCCUACCAGCUCUUAAAUUUCAAACAAGGAAACUUUUGAAACCAACAUAAUUUAAGUUCUGUUUUGAUCUCUCCUUUCGCUGUUUACCAUUCCGUUGGUUAAAAAAUAAAUUAAUUAUCUCCAAUUAACUGAAGAUUCAAAAAUUGCGACGCAGGGAUGAACGGCUCACGCCGAGAGAGAUGCUGGCACUCCGGAGCGGAAUCAGUGCCGCAGUAAUUGUGGGUGAGGGAACAACAACGUCUACGGCCCGGCAUUGUCUUUGGGAGGCCGCAACUCCAUCCAGAGACUCCAUCACCACAGCCAUCCUUUCUGGAUUGAUCUUCAAGGAGAGCCGAAAACGGGAUUAUCAGUUUUCUGGACAGUUUUUGAGGAUAUAACGCAUUUUGUGUCGCAAUUAAAAUAGAGGCGAUUGCAGAAAAAGAAAAACAAUUGGAGGCAAACAACUGGCUGCAAAUGUGAUUGCCAGGGAAAACAGAGCUUACAAUAUGUCCAGAAAGUGCUCGAAGCCCAAUCGAUAAGAAGUGAAACCUUAGUCGCAGCUAUAUCCGGACGUUUCGGAAUGCAGUGGGACGCUGAUGCAGUUGGAUCGAUAUAGAACAGAUUACAGGCGCGUGUCUAUGUGCAUAUCCUGCGUGAUGAGAUCGAGACUAUUUUGGAUACUGGCUAUUAUAUACUCCUCACUCCAUCACAUCGGCUCGGGCUCCACGUCGACAACAUUAAAACGACCGCGAGCUGGCGACCCGUUCGACACAUUCCCCAAGAACUUCUGGCAGGAGUUCUCCUCACCGUUCACCGACACGCCCGAGGAUGAGGAGCUGGAGGUCACCGAAACGACCACCCACGAGCCGUUUCCGUUCUUCGCCGAUCCGUACACCACGCUGAACAUCAGCACCCAGCUGUCCUCGAACGUGUACCUCCACUGCCGGGUGAACGAUCUGCAGGGCAAGACCGUCUCCUGGAUGCGGAGGCGCGGCGAGGACCUCACCCUGAUCACCUUUGGCCAGCACACGUACAGCGGCGAUUCGCGCUACUCCCUGGAGUUCGAGGAGCCCAAUGACUGGAAGCUACUGAUCCAGUUCGCCAACGAGCGGGACGAGGGCCCCUACGAGUGCCAGGUGUCCUCGCAUCCGCCGCUCGUCCUGCUCGUCUACCUGACGAUAAUUGUUCCUCACGUGGAAAUCCUCGACGAGCGGGGCUCGGCCACGCCGGAAAAGUACUACAAGGCUGGCAGCACCAUCGAGCUGCAGUGCGUCAUUUCGAAGAUUCCACACCCCUCUUCCUACAUAACCUGGCGUCACGGGCCGCGCCUGCUGAACUACGACACCAGCCGCGGGGGAAUCAGCGUGAAGACGGACAUGUUGCCUGGACGAGCACUGAGUCGCCUGUACAUUGCCAACGCCAAUCGCCAGGACACUGGGAACUACACCUGCAUGCUGGGCAACGAGAUUACCGAGACGGUGAUGGUCCACGUUUUGAAUGGUGAGGAGCCAGCGGCGAUGCAGCACGCGAACGGGAGCCGCAUCAGGGCCAGCAUCCCCAUACCCACGAUGGUUGUGUUUUUAGUAGGAUACAUGUCCAGGCUCGUUUCCGGACUAUCCGGAAGCGGGAUGGCCGGGUCUUGGGGGUUGCGAUGACGAUAGAGUGGGAUCGCGGCUCGCGGCUGGCGGAAAAUGCAAAUACACCAAAGUAUCUUGUCCAGGAUUGCAUUUUCGACUUUUACUCUAAUCAUGGGUUGUUUAACAUACGAUAAAUAGCAUAAACUGAAUACUAAGCUUAAGUCAAGUAUAUUUAAACCAGAGAAAUCGAAGAUCUAACACACAGCCAAAGGAAAGGAAAGGAAAAUCAAACCAGAAGUUCUAUCUCGCAACCGAAUAGUAUAUAUGUACUAUUAUAUAGAUGAGAAUUGAUUUUGCAGUUUUCGGUUAUAGAGCUAGAGAUCGAACAGAACAAGGCAUUAUUAUAAUUAAUUAAUUAAUGUAACAUCGUAAUCGAAUCGAAAUUUGUAUUGCAAUGGCCGUGUUUAUGUUGGCUGCAUAUUGAUCCUGUAGAGACCGCACCUGAGAGGCGUCCGUUUAGCUCUUUGUUAGCCCCAUGCCUAGUCCCUUAUGUAUUUGUCGCUUGAAACGCCCCAUUAUUACGCCCCGAUAUUAUAUAUUACGAAAGAUAUAUUAUGUAUACACUUCCGAACCAAGGCCUUGUUAAACGAAAGACACAAAUGGUUGUAGCUUCUUGAAAUCAAACAGCAUAUCAGUUGGGAUCACUCUAAUUGUAAUCGAGCGGCUCCGGUCGCAGUUGUAGCUUCAUUAGCCUGGGUUCGUUCUGUUCCUUGUUAUCCCCGGUCUGUUGUCUGUUGUUGAUUAGUGUUUGUUUCGUUUGUGAUUGUAGCCAAGCCAGAAGCUAACGUAGUUGAGGAGUUUUGAAGACGAGAACGAGAACGAGGUGGAGGGAAACCCAAGGAACCAUAGAAAAUGUUUAACGUUAACAUAACUGUGCCAUUCAAAAUGGAUACAUAUCGUUUAAUUGUUGUUAAUUCGGUUGCGGAACCAAAGACCAUUCAAGGGCCUCAAGAGAACGAUAACAUUUACACUCUAUAUUUGUUAUGGUAUCCUUUUUUGGAGUCACCUGGACAGCAGCUACCACUCGGACCAAGGGUAAAGGGAGGUGGAUUGAUUUAUGGAUAUACAUAUGUAUGUAUGUCCCCAGGUCCCAAGCCAAGAGCAGUAACACGUAAUUCUAUUAAAUAAAAAAAUAUACAAAAAUCGAAAACUACAAGGAGCAAGUGAGUGAGUCUCUCCCGCUCUUCUCGACAUGGGCGCGCGGUGAGGAAACUAUGAUUUCUGUCCAUGCCUACUGUUUGCUUAUCGAAGGCUUUUGAAUCCUAGCUUUGUCCCUGAAUCGUUACAGUCAUCUUGCUUUAAGAUCGGUUCGAAACACACACUUUCUCUUUGGAAACAAAAGCUCGGCUUGAAAAAUACGAAAAACAAAAAUACUUAUAGACCUCGAGGCCAAAAGCACUUGGGUAAACUAAUUUCAAUGGUCCAGUGUAGUUAUUGUAAAUUAUUCAAAUUGAUCCCGACCCAAAUCAGUCCCAGAUCUGAUCCCUGGAGUAUGCCAUUAUAUGAGAAUCGAAAACAAAACAAAACAAAACACAAUGUUGGAGUGAGAUAAUGAAACAAUACUUAGAGACUAAAUAAAAGUGACGAAACGAAACUUUUAGAAACAUUUUGGUUACACAUAAUUGUACUUAAUAAUUAUUACAAUUAAAAUUGAGAUUAUAAAAUCAACAAACAUACUGUAUAAUGUCGGCGUCCUCUGUCAAUAACCAGAACCGCGAAAAACCAAAAACAAAAAAAAAAUUGUAUAAAACGACACACACAA